CGGAUUGAGAUCGUGCUUAAGACUUCCAAUUCCCAUUUGCACUUGGGUGAAGCGGUUAGAGCUGAAAGGGAAAGGCUGGAGGCAAACAAUUUAACAAUUUAACUCAAACAUCUGGGAGCCAUUUCGCGCCGUGCAAGACACUCCAGGACUUGUAGUUCCACUGCGGGGAACAGACUCGCCUGACAGCUGCCGGAAGUGAGGCUGCGCGGAAUGGCCGCCGCUGCGACCAUGGCUGCAGCCGCCCGGGAGCUGGUGUUGCGGGCCGGAGCCUCAGAUAUGGAGGAGGAAGAGGGCCCGCUGGAGGGUGGUCCGGGUCUUCAGGAGCCAUUGCAGCUUGGAGAGUUGGACAUCACCUCUGAUGAAUUCAUCCUGGAUGAAGUGGAUGUUCACAUUCAGGCGAAUCUGGAGGAUGAGUUAGUAAAGGAAGCUCUUAAAACGGGUGUGGAUCUCCGUCACUAUUCAAAGCAGGUUGAGCUGGAGCUACAGCAGAUUGAGCAGAAAUCCAUUCGGGAUUAUAUCCAAGAGAGUGAGAACAUAGCAUCUCUGCACAACCAGAUCACAGCCUGUGAUGCUGUCCUUGAGCGCAUGGAGCAGAUGUUGGGAGCUUUUCAGAGUGAUCUCAGCUCCAUCAGCUCUGAGAUCCGGACACUGCAGGAACAGUCAGGAGCCAUGAACAUUCGGCUUCGAAACCGCCAGGCUGUUCGGGGGAAACUCGGGGAGCUUGUUGAUGGUCUGGUGGUGCCCUCUGCUCUGGUCACGGCAAUUCUGGAGGCACCAGUCACAGAGCCCCGGUUCCUGGAGCAGCUGCAGGAGCUGGAUGCCAAGGCAGCUGCAGUCCGAGAGCAGGAGGCUAGAGGCACAGCAGCCUGCGCAGACGUCCGAGGCGUGCUCGACCGGCUCCGGAUCAAGGCAGUGACGAAGAUCCGAGAGUUCAUCCUUCAGAAGAUCUAUUCCUUCAGAAAACCAAUGACCAACUAUCAGAUCCCCCAGACGGCCCUGCUGAAGUACAGGUUUUUCUAUCAGUUCCUGCUGGGCAACGAACGGGCCACCGCAAAGGAGAUCAGGGACGAGUACGUGGAGACACUGAGCAAGAUCUACCUGUCCUACUACCGCUCUUACCUGGGGCGGCUCAUGAAGGUGCAGUAUGAGGAAGUCGCUGAGAAGGAUGAUCUAAUGGGCGUGGAAGAUACAGCCAAGAAAGGAUUCUUCUCAAAGCCGUCCCUCCGCAGCAGGAACACCAUCUUCACCCUGGGGACCCGGGGCUCUGUCAUCUCCCCCACUGAACUGGAAGCCCCCAUCCUUGUGCCCCACACCGCCCAGCGGGGAGAACAGAGGUAUCCUUUCGAGGCCCUCUUCCGCAGCCAGCACUACGCCCUCCUCGACAACUCCUGCCGUGAAUACCUUUUCAUCUGUGAAUUCUUUGUGGUGUCUGGCUCGGCUGCACACGACCUCUUCCACGCAGUCAUGGGCCGCACGCUCAGCAUGACCCUGAAACACCUGGAGUCUUACCUCACUGACUGCUACGAUGCCAUUGCUGUUUUUCUCUGUAUCCAUAUUGUUCUCCGAUUCCGCAACAUUGCAGCCAAGAGGGAUGUUCCUGCCCUGGACAGGUACUGGGAACAAGUGCUUGCCUUGCUGUGGCCACGGUUUGAACUGAUCCUGGAGAUGAACGUCCAGAGUGUCCGCAGCACUGACCCUCAGCGCCUCGGGGGGCUGGACACUCGGCCUCACUACAUCACACGCCGCUACGCAGAGUUCUCCUCGGCUCUUGUCAGCAUCAAUCAGACGAUUCCCAAUGAACGGACGAUGCAGCUGCUGGGCCAGCUACAGGUGGAGGUGGAGAAUUUUGUCCUUCGAGUGGCAGCCGAGUUCUCCUCAAGGAAGGAGCAGCUUGUGUUUCUGAUCAACAACUACGACAUGAUGCUGGGGGUGCUGAUGGAGCGGGCUGCGGAUGACAGCAAAGAGGUUGAAAGUUUCCAACAGCUGCUCAAUGCUCGGACACAGGUGUCUCACUGGGAGCUUGAUUUGCAUUUUCCUGAUUACUAAUGAGAUUGAGCAUCA